CCAUCCCCGCCUGGCCGGACAGUCGACUGCUCGACACGCCCAGCAGUAGCUUACGACACGCCCACGACCCUCCGCGAGCCUCUCGCUGCAGUUGCCGCCACGAGGGCGCCUCGCCGCCAUCUUCAUCAACCGCGUCGUCAAACCCCCUCACCACGACGCCGAGAUGGACACGAGCCUGCCCGUCCUGUCGAGCAAGACUCUGCCAGUCGCCCAUGCCCUCCACCCGUCGAGCCUCUGCCCCGCCGACCUCGACCUGUGCGCCCUCUCUUCCCCACCGGACGCGCCCGACUCGCGCCUCGCCCUGUACCGCACCGGCACCGCUCCCGACCGCGUGUGGGAGUGGGUCCCGCCACCGCCUCCAGCUCCCCCACCGACGGGCAAACUCGGCGGCUUGGGCCUCCUCAAGGGCAAGGGCAAGGCUCAGCCCGUCGGCAAGGUUGCUCGCAUUGCGUGGAACCCGCAAGGCGACACCGUCGCCGUCCUCGUCGCCCCACCCGCAUCCUCCUCCUCGUCCCCCUCGACCCUCUCCCUCCUCUCGAUCCACACCGGCGCACCCCUCGUCCCACCCGCCGCACCUCUCCCGAGCACCUCUACCCCGACGACCCUCACGUGGCAGCGCCUCGCCCUCGUGCACGACCCGCUCCUCCCCUCGUGGGGCCUCGCCCUCGUCGACCGCCUCCCGGCCCUCCCCAAGAUCCCCAAGGACGGCCUCGCAGCCGCAGGCGCCGCCGACGGGCCAGGUGGCGCACCGCGCAUGGCGUUCGGCGCGGGCGGCGCAGGUGGACCGGGUGUGGGAGGUGGGCCGGGCGGAGGAGGGGGCGGUGGGGGCGUGUUCGGCGCCAAGCAGGCCAUGCUCGAGCGCGAGCGCGCAAAGGAGGCGCAGCGCCCGCUCAGCAUGCAGGACGCGGCCGAGCGCUUCCCGACGCUGCUGCCGGCCGCGCGUCCCGAGGACGAGGGCGCGGCGGGAGGGGACCCGAAGGUGAGGGCCAUGCUGCGCCCGAGGGCAGAGGGCGGCGAGGCGGACGCGGUCGAGCACACGGUCUUGUGCGUCGGCGACGAGAAGGGCGGCUGCCACCUGUUCCUCGGCGGCACCGUCUACCUCGGCUCGGUCGACGCCGGCGAGCCCGUCCUCGCCGUCACGAGCGUGCCCUCGCCGUCGCCCUCGUCCGCCGCCUCGUUCGUCGUCCACCUGUCGACCUCGGCCUCGCCCCUCUCGGUGCGCGAGCUGUCGGUGCCGCUCCCGGCGACCCUGUCGGCCGUCCUCCGCCAGUCGUCGGCCCUGCGCGCCCUCCUCCAGCACGCGUUCGAUGCGCUCCAGGACUCGCGCAACCUGUGGGACGAGGCGAGGCGCAUCGGCAAAGGGUGGCUGCAGCGCAUCGCCGAUGUCUCGAGGCCGCACGGCGUGACGACCCCUCCCACGACCCAGCUUCACCUCCUCCUCCUGACGGGCCGCCCGACCCGCGCCCUGCACGACUUUCUCGCGAGCAAGAUGAACGAGCGCGGCCUCGUCAAGUGGGAGCAGGCCAUGGGCCUCGCGCUCGAGCGUUCCAGGCGCGUCGGGUGGGUCAGCGUCGCGACGGCGAUGGAGCGAGUCGUGGUCCUGUUGCGCGAGGUCGACGCCUGGGCAAGAUGGCCCGAGAAGUUCGGCACGUACUCGUUCGAGCGCGACGAGGUGCUGCGCGCGACCGAGUCGGCCAGGGAGGCGGUCCGGGCGAGCGCGUUCUUCCAGCGCGAGGUCGAGGAGGAGGAGCGGUGCUUCAAGCAGUUCAGCGUCUGGCUUCAUUACGAGCUCGACAAGGUCGCACAGCAAGAAGGGUCCGAGAUCCGCCCCGUCGCCGCGUUCGACCCGCUCCCCGUCUCGCACUACAUCCAGCACCGCCUCCCGUCCACCGCAACGACCAUCGCCCCCUUCCUCGCCUUUGGCCUCGCGAGCGCGCCGCUCAAGGACUGCGCCGAGUUCAAGGGCGCCGAGGCGUGGGUCGCGCAGCUGCCCGUCGGGACGCCGGCCCUGCGCGACACCGAGCUCGGGCUCGUCGACGGCGCCGACAUGCGCGACGACAUGCGCCCGGGCGGCGGCGACGACGAGCGGCGGCUCGACGCGCUCGUGCGCCGCAUGACCGAGGAGGUCCAGGGCCAGGUCGACGCCGACGAGCUCGCGGCGCGCGCUCGCGUCGGCUCCAAGGAGGCGGUCACGUCGAGCCUGCCUGGCGGCUUCAACCCUGCGCCCGCCGCCAAGCUCGAGGACGUGCCACCGUGGGCCGACGUCGUGCCCGACCCGGACGCAGGACCGCGACCGCCCCUCACCGGCGCCACGUCGCCGCCCUCGCCGUUCCGCGGCACGGUGGUGUCGUCUUCGAGCAAGAAACCGAAAGCGCCGCAGAGCCUCCCGGCGCUGCUGCACCUCACGGCGCGGCUCGUCGGCGGCGUCAUGGACCGGGGCGUGCGCGCCGCGACGGGCGCGCAUGCGGUGCUCGGCGAGCCGGUCGUGCGCGAUGCGGGAGAGGGCACGAUGGACGUCGACGGCGAGGUGGACGAGCUGCGGCUGAGGACGAGAGUGGCGCAGGACGGCCGGCUGGAGGAGGUGUGGGUGCGGGGGUCGACUAUCACCUUUGCGCGUCAACUUGUUCAGGGCGACCUGUCGGCCGUCGAGACGGCCUCGCACGACCUGCGCCUCGCGGACGGGCCACCUGUUCGCGUCGUCGAGCUCGACUUUAUCGACGAUGAUGAGCUCGUACUCGGCGUCUCGGUGCUCAAGGACGGUGCUGCGCCGCGGCACUUGAUCGCCCGCGUCAAGCUCGCCGACCUCGAUUGGUCUCCUGAUCCUCGAUCGGCCGCCUCGCCACUACCGCUCUCGCGCCAGGUCGCGCUCGACCCGGCCUAUCCUCCCUCGGCACUGUCCUUCCGCACGACGCCAAGCGGGCGACAGCUCGUAGCGAGUCUGAGCGGCGAGGGCCGGCGACUGGAGGUGCUCGACGCCGCCGGCGUCGACGCCGCUCCGUCUCAGGCGAUGGAAAUGUGAGCCGUUCGCUCCCCUG